AUAUUACCCCAAAAACCUUGGUCUCUCUCCGCCGUAAACACCGUCACAGCAGCAGCAGCAGCAGCAGCCAUGGUGAAAUACUCAAAAGAGCCUGAUAAUCCUACCAAAUCCUGCAAGGCUAGAGGAUCCGAUCUCAGGUGUCACUUUAAGAAUACUAGAGAAACUGCUCAUGCCCUCAGGAAGAUGAGCUUGAUUAAGGCUAAGAGCUAUCUGGAGGAUGUUUUGGCCCAUAAGCAAGCCAUUCCAUUCACCCGUUUCUGUAGGGGUGUUGGACGUACUGCCCAGGCGAAGAAUAGGCACUCAAAUGGUCAAGGGCGAUGGCCUGCUAAGUCUGCAAAGUUCAUUUUGGAUUUGCUAAAGAAUGCUGAAAGCAAUGCUGAGGUGAAAGGAUUGGAUGUGGAUGCACUUUUCAUAUCUCACAUACAAGUGAAUCAAGCUCAGAAGCAAAGGCGAAGAACUUACCGUGCCCAUGGAAGAAUUAAUCCCUAUAUGUCUUCUCCUUGCCACAUUGAGUUGACUUUGUCUGAAAAGGAAGAACCAGUGACAAAGCCUGACUCUCAGUUGGCAGCUAGCGGCAAGUCAAAGAAACAAUAGGGUUGUGGAUUGGGUUUCAUCCUAAUUAUCUGCAAAGGUUGUGUAGCUAGCCGUGGUUCAAGAUCAGUUUUAAAGUGCUUGUUGGUUUUUCAUUUUGUUUAAGACAAGUUUUUGGAAAGUACUAAUGGAUUUUUUGAUGUGUUCUGCUGAUCA